AUGCCGGCAGCAAGUACUCAGAUCAGUCAGACAGAGCCAGUUAAUAGAUCUGUAGAGAUGCUGAGGGCAGAAAUGAGGGUAGAGGAUGGACAGAGUCAGUGGAAAAGUGAGAGGAAGGAGAGGAAGGAGGAAGCUAGCAGAGAAAGCGAGACAGUGAGACUGGCCAUUAUAAAUCAUAUCCGCUGUUGGCGCCAGCAAUGUAUCCUAGCAACCAGACAGACCCUCCGCCUCUCCACCAUCCUCAUUCUAUCUUCAGCUAAGAGCUUAGUUGCUCUUAAUACCCAUACUGCACUGGGUCAUGGCCCAAAAACUCAUGGCACGGUGCGGUUUGUGCGUACAGCCAACUAA